AUGUCCACCCCCGACCCAUCUACAUGGGCCGCACCCAAUGAUGUAGAAGAAUUCAAGCGGCAGUAUGAGGUCAACGCUGUUGAAUUAUUUAACAACAUCGCCGUCCUUGUCCAACGCAUCCGCCUCGAGAGGGAUACCUCCCGUACACAACUCGCCGCCGCCAAUGAAACCAUUUACAACCUUGAGGAGCAGGUAAUCCGGCUCAACCUCGACUUCAAUGUCGCUCGCGCCGCCCCCGCUCCCACCGUCUCCAUCCCCGUCACCGCUGCUCCCCCAUCUACUACUGUCCCCGCCUUCAGGUCCGAAAAGUUCCCAGACCCUGAAAAAUUCGACGGCACCCAUACCAAGCUCCCCGGAUUCACCACCCAACUCCGAAUGAAACUCGAGGUCAACCAUGAUCGAUUCCGAAACGAGGCAGCAAAGGUUAUCUAUGCCGUUAGCCGCUUGGAAGGAAGGGCCCUUGACCAGGUCGUUCCACUCGUUAACGCUAACCCUGCUGCCCCCUUCUCCUCCGUCACUGCCUUCGUUGUCCACCUGGAAGCCUCAUUUGGAGACCCAGAUCCCCGGGGUACCACCCGUCGCCAACUCGUCGCCCUGAAGCAAGGCAAAGGGGACUUUGCCACCUAUUACUCCCAGUUCCUCCGUAUUGUAGCCUACCUAGACUACAACGAAGGAGCCAAGAUCGAUGCCCUGGCCGAAGGACUGUCGGAAGACCUGAAGAAUGCCAUGACAUACCGGACAGACAGGCAUAACACGGUAGAGGCAUACGCGACCAUGUUAAUGACAAUCGACAACCAGGUUCGGGGCCGUAAAGCUGAACAACGGGCCAUCCGUAAUACAAUGGGACAAUUUACCACCCCCGCCGCUGUCGCACACCCAUCUCAUACCGCCGGAGGCCUCGCCCCAAUGGACCUCUCCGCCCUCCAGGCCCGUUCCGCUCAACGCCCUGCCGCCGAACAAAGAUACACCUUUGUCAAUGGACAACGUAAAACCUCUGCGGCCGAAAAACAAUGGCGAAGGGACAACAAUCUCUGUAUGUACUGCGCCAACCCCGGCCAUGUCUUCGCCAACUGCCCCUCUGCCAAUCGCCCGCGUGGUAAUCAACCGGUUAUGAGGGGCUCUCUCCUCGCACCUGCUCAUAAUGCCGCAGACUUCGCUGCCCCACCGAUCGCUAGCCCCGACUCUUCCGAGUCGGGUUUUCAGUAG